GAGGAAGCGACCGGUCAUGAUGGGAGUCCAGCAUCCGGCCUUCGCCCCAUUGGUCUUGGUGGGGUUGCAGGUGCUUUUUGGUCAUGGUGGAGAAGGCAAGAUCCCCACAGAGCUGGAUGUGAGACUCAUCGGCACUGGCGACAAUUGUUCGGGGCUGCUGGAGUUUAAAAAUACAAGCAGCUGGGAGAGAGUUUGUGCCAGCCCAUGGAAUAGGAAAAAUAAUGAACUGGUCUGCAGGCAGCUGGGCUGUGGCUUAUCUUCUCAUGAGUUCUCAAAAGUUUAUGUUUCAGUUUCUGGAACAGGACCAGCGAUUGCUGUGUCCUGCUCAUAUAAUGCGAAUGCUCUGAAAGAUUGCAAACCACAGAAAUCCAACUGCACUCAACAUCAGUAUGCGUUUGUUAUUUGCAAUAGACCAGAAAAAAUCAAUACUUCACCACCGACUCGAUCACUACCCACGCCAAAACCCACAGGCGCUCCCAAACUGCGACUGGCAGAGGGUAAGUUCACCUGCUCAGGGAUUGUGGAGCUGUACAAGGAAGGUCACUGGGGAACAGUGGAGUCACGUCCAGAAGACCAGAAAGAGCUAGCCAGGAUCAUCUGCUCAAAAUUGGGCUGUGGAGAUCCCUUAAAUGAAGGUGAAGAAUUGAAAGCGGGAGGCCAGCAUUUACCUGUGCAUUGGACUAUGGUGACACCUUGCAGUGUGGACGCUAUUUGGGAGUGUUUCAACAGAACCAGACCCUCUUUGAACAAAAAGCCAGCCUCCGUCUUUUGCUCUGGCUCCCAGCCAAAGGCAAUGGAAAGGCUUGUAGAUGGCCAGAGCCCCUGUGAUGGGAACAUUGAAGUCUUCCAUGAGGGGAAGUGGGAAGUCCUUUGUGAUAAGAAUGAACACAGGCAACGUAGAGGAGAACAGAUCUGCAAGGAGCUGCAGUGUGGGAACCUCUCAUCCAGCGCUGAAGUCAAGGACCACAAAGUGGAGGGAAUACACUGUCAGGAGGGGAGCUUCCAUCUGUGUCACACCUUCCAAAGAAAGACCAAGAACUGCUUCAGAACCAGAAUCGUGUGCCAGGAUUUCAAGCCAGUUUCAGUUGGUGUGGGAGCAGGAACCAUCAUGAGCAUCCUGUUGGCUCUGGUCCUCUUUGUAGUCUUCCUGAUCAUCUGCGGACCCCUCAUCUACAAGAAACUAGUGAAGAAAUUCUCCAAGAAACAGCAGCGCCAAUGGAUUGGACCAACUGGAUUAAACCAAAAUGUGUCGUUCCAUCGCAAUAGCACUGUCACCCUCCGGCCGAGGUCUGAAGGUCAAAGAGCUCUGGGGGAAGAAAAUGACUAUUCUCAUACUCCCAAGAAAAACUCCUACCUUUCAGCCUAUCCAGCUCUGGAAGGAGCAAUCCGAUCUUCCAACCCUCCAGACAACUCCUCUGACAGUGACUAUGACUUGCACUCAGCUCGGAGAGUAUAGCCCCCUUCUGAGAGACAGAGGCAGGAUCCAGCAUAUGGAAAAACUGAGAGAAAAGAAGAACAAUACCUGAAAUAAUUCUGCACUCAUCACCUUGGAAAUAUUUCCAUGUUACUACAUGCAAAUAUAAUGGCUUUUGCUACACUCACAGAGGCAAAAGAUGAGGGAAUCUAUAUGGACCCCAGUGUCACCCCCAUUUUUCUAGAUGGGGCAAGGAGAAUCAAGAUACCUACUACUUCCCAGGUAGCCUUUAGCAAGUCACUUAGACCCAGCAUUCCAAUAGUGACCUCAGAUUUGCAUGUCUCUGUUUCUGGGUGCCCUAGGUGAAGACCCCGGCAGCCUGGCUUUGAACUACAUUGCUUAUUCACAGUGCCAGCUGAAGCAUAUGUGUACGGUAGUUGAUGAGCAGUUCUGAAAAUCAGGUCUGUGCGGCUCCUGCUAGACAUUCAGAAUGUGAGGCAUUCAGGAACAAUGGAUACCUUUUUAAAAAUGGGUCAUACAGUUCUUUUAAGAUUUUACUACCCCACCAUUAUCAUGGUAUCUGAACACCUUCCUGUGACAAAUUCAUCUAGCAUCCAUCACUUAAAGUUUCAUUUCCUUUUUCCUUACUGGCAUACACAUGUAUGUAUUUUAAACGGAUGUGCUUAAAGGCAAGUAGGUAGAUAGAGGAGCUGGGUAUUCCACUUGAGUUGGAAAGCAAUACUGU